AUGUCCUAUCCUCAGGGGUACCUCUACCAGCCCCCGGGCUCCCUGGCUCUCUAUUCGUGUCCGGCCUACGGGGCGUCCGCGCUGGCCGCUCCGAGAAAUGAAGAUCUAGCGAGGUCGUCGUCCGGCUCAGCCUUCAGUCCCUACCCCGGAUCGGCCGCUUUCUCCUCCUCGGCCGGAGCAGGCUUCUCCAGUCCACUGCCCUACUCCGCCGACCCGAGCACGGCGUUCCCAUCCUACAUGAGCUCUCCCUAUGACGCCCACGCGACGAGCAUGGCCGGGGCAUUAAGUUAUCACCCUUACGGAAGUCCCGGGUACCCCUACCAGCUCAACGACCCGGCGUACCGGAAGAACGCCACGCGGGACGCCACGGCCACGCUGAAGGCCUGGCUGCAGGAGCACCGGAAGAACCCCUACCCCACCAAAGGGGAGAAGAUCAUGCUGGCCAUCAUCACCAAGAUGACCCUGACGCAGGUCUCCACCUGGUUCGCCAACGCCAGGAGGAGGCUCAAGAAGGAGAACAAGAUGACGUGGGCGCCGCGAAACAAGAGCGAGGACGAGGACGAGGAGGACGGAGAGGGUGAGAGGAAGGAGGGGGAGGCGGAGCGGUCGGAGAAAGCCCUGGACAACAGCGAGGCGUCGGCGGAAGAUGAAGGCAUCAGCCUGCACGUCGACACACUGACGGACCACUCCUGCUCUGCCGAGUCGGACGGGGAGAAAGUGAGCUGCCGCGUCGCCGACCUGCGCUCAGACCACGCCGCGGACUCGUGCGACCACGACGGUCCCGACCAAGAGGGCCCAGGGGAGCGCCGUCAGCGAGAGCCGCUCUCCCCCAAGUCCGCCACCUCGUCGCCCUUGACGGGAGUGGAGGCGCCCUUGCUCAGCCAACACCACCAUCACCACCACCACCACCAUCAACACCAACACCUCCAUCACCUCCAUCACCUCCACAGCCCGCGCGAGGACUUGACCCGGAACGUCAUCAGCAACAGUAGUCACAGUAACAAGCCAUGCCUUGAUAGCCGAGUCACGUCUUCUUCGAGCGUGCCUCAAAACUCCAGCACAGUCAAACCCAAACUGUGGUCACUCGCGGAAAUUGCUACCUCGGACCAGAAGCAACAGCAGCAACACCAACACCAACACCAACAGCAGCAGCAGCAGCAGCAGCAGCAGCAGCAGCAACUUCCGGGGCAUCCAACCUGCUCCUCAUCCAGCAGCGUUGGCCUCCUGACUCCUGCCACGCCGCCCACCACCUCCCCGGCCGCCAGCGCUGUCUACCCGGCCUCCUCCAUCCUAGGAAGACCUAUUUAUUACACGUCGCCUUUUUAUAGCAAUUACACAAACUAUGGCAACUUCAGCCCGCUGCAGGGCCAAGGGAUUCUGCGGUACACUAACUCAUCGGGGGUGAGUGUGGCGGCCGCUGCUGCCGCUGCCGCGGCGGCCGCCGCUGCUGCUAACGAGGGUCUGGGCAGCUCGUCCCACCAGGCUGCUGCUGCCGCCGCCGCCGCUGCUGCCGCUGCCGCGGCGGCGGCUCUGGAGGCGAGCAGCGCCAUGCACAAACACAACCCAGACUCCGCUCUCAUUAAAACUAACCCGAACCAGAUUGCUGAGCAGCAGCAGCAGCAGCAGCAGCAGCAUUUCAGAGUCGCACAUUUAGAGUCGAAGAAAGGUACGUAA